AAAAAACUUAUCUACCAGACAUUAUCAACGUUGAUAAAUUUUUCAGAUUUUUCAGACUUUUUUAUACGUUUUUAUAGUUGUUUCUUCUCCAUCUGUAACUGGCUACCUCUGCAAUAUGGUUGCCCAAUUAAUAGACGGUAAGGCCAUUGCCUUGCAACUUCGUACUAAGAUUCAUGACGAAAUUUCGCAACUUCAAGCUAAGCAUCAUGACUUUAAGCCUAGCUUAACUAUUAUUCAAGUCGGUGAUAGACCUGAUUCUUCAACUUAUGUUAGAAUGAAAUUAAAGGCUGCUGAAGAAGCUAACAUUGAAUGUAAGAUCAUUAACUUAGCAGAAUCUGUUACUGAAUUUGAAAUCUUAACCGAAAUUCAAAAAUUAAAUAAUUCAUUAGAUGUUGAUGGUAUUUUAGUUCAAUUACCAUUACCUGCUCAUUUAGAUGAAGCUAAAAUUACUUCUGCAGUUUUGGCUGAAAAGGAUGUCGAUGGCUUUGGACCUUUCAAUGUUGGUGAAUUAUCUAAAAAAGGUGGUAACCCCACAUUUUUACCUUGUACUCCUAAGGGAAUUAUUACAUUAUUAAAUGUUUCUAAUGUAAAAAUUGAAGGUUCUAAUGCUGUUGUAUUAGGUAGAUCUGAUAUUGUUGGUAAGCCAAUUGCUAAUUUAUUAACUCAAGCCAAUGCUACUGUCACUAUUUUACAUUCAAGAACUCCUUUACCUCAACUUCAAGCUUAUCUUAAUAAUGCUGAUAUUGUUGUUGCUGCUAUUGGUAAUCCUCAAUUCGUUAAGGGUGAAUGGUUAAAGGAAGGUGCAGUUGUUAUUGAUGUUGGUACUAAUUUCAUUCCUGAUGCUUCUAAAAAAUCCGGUUCUAGAAUGGUUGGAGAUGUUGAAUUCGAAUCUGCUAGUGUUAAGGCUUCAUUAAUUACUCCUGUUCCAGGUGGUGUUGGUCCAAUGACUGUUGCUACUUUAUUAGAAAAUGUUAUUCUUGCUGCUAAGAGACAUUAUUCUAAGAAUAAUGAAACUCCAAAGUUUACUAAUCCUUUAAGAUUAAACUUACAAAAACCAGUACCUUCUGAUUUUGAAAUCUCUCGUGCUCAACAACCAAAGAGAAUUACUCAAGUCGCUGAAGAAGCAGGUAUUUUAGAUAGUGAAUUAGAACCAUUUGGAUUCUAUAAAGCUAAAGUUUCUUUAGAUUUAUUGAAGAGAUUGGAUAAUAAAGUUAAUGGUAAAUAUGUUUUAGUUACAGGUAUUACUCCAACUCCAUUAGGUGAAGGUAAAUCUACUACCACUGUUGGUUUAGCUCAAGCUUUAGGAGCUCAUUUAAAUAAGAAUGUAUUUGCUAAUGUUAGACAACCAUCUAUGGGUCCAACUUUUGGUAUUAAAGGUGGAGCUGCAGGAGGUGGUUAUUCUCAAGUUAUUCCAAUGGAUGAAUUCAAUAUGCAUGUUACUGGUGAUAUUCAUGCUAUUACUAUGGCCAAUAACUUAUUGGCUGCUGCCAUUGAUACCAGAAUUUUCCAUGAAAGUACUCAAAAGGAUGGUCCAUUAUAUAAGAGAUUAGUACCAGCCAAGAAGGGAGUUAGAAAAUUCACUCCUUCUAUGUUAAGAAGAUUAAAUAAAUUAGGAAUUGAUAAGACUGAUCCAGAUUCAUUGACUCCUGAAGAAGUUAGUCAAUUUGCUAGAUUAGAUAUUGAUCCAGAAACAAUUACUUGGAGAAGAGUUGUUGAUUGUAAUGAUAGAUUCUUAAGAGGUAUUACUAUUGGUGAAGCCCCAACUGAAAAGGGUUUUACUAGAAAGACUGGAUUUGAUAUUACAGUUGCUUCUGAAUGUAUGGCUAUUCUUGCCUUGGCUAACUCCUUAGAAGAUAUGAGAGAAAGAUUAGGUAAGAUGGUUAUUGCUUCAUCUAAAGCUGGUGUACCAAUUACUGCUGAAGAUAUUGGAUGUGCUGGUGCUUUAACUGCUUUAUUAAAGGAUGCUAUUAAACCAAAUAUCAUGCAAACUUUAGAAGGUACUCCAGUUUUCGUUCAUGCUGGACCAUUUGCUAAUAUCUCCAUUGGUGCUUCAUCUAUUUUAGCUGAUAAAAUGGCCUUGAAAUUAGCAGGUACUUCUCCAGAUUUAUCAGCUGAAGAAAGACAAGAACAAGAAGGUUAUGUUGUUACUGAAGCUGGAUUUGAUUUUACUAUGGGUGGUGAAAGAUUCAUCAAUAUCAAAUGUAGAUCAUCUGGUUUAGUUCCUGAUGUCAUUGUUAUUGUUGCUACUGUUAGAGCCUUAAAGGUUCAUGGUGGAGGUCCAGAAGUUAAAGCUGGUGCUCCAUUAGCUGCUGCUUAUACUGAAGAAAAUGUUGAAUUAUUACAAGUUGGAUGUUCUAACUUGGCUAAACAUAUUUCUAAUGCUAAAUCUUAUGGAUUACCAGUAGUUGUUGCUAUUAAUAAGAUGUCUUCUGAUACUGACAAAGAACAUGAAAUCAUUAGAGAAGAAGCCUUAAAGGCUGGAGCCAUUGAUGCUAUUGUUUCUAACCAUUGGGAAGAAGGUGGUAAGGGAGCUAUUGAUUUGGCUGAAGGUGUCAUCUCUGCUGCCAAUUCCAUUGAUAGAGAUUUCAAAUUCUUAUAUGAUACUGCACCAUCAGUUGAAGAUAAGAUUGCUACUAUUGCCAAAGAAAUGUAUGGAGCAGGAGAAGUUGAAUUCUUACCAGAAGCUCAAAAGAAGAUCGAUUUGUAUACCAAGCAAGGAUUUGGUAACUUACCUAUCUGUAUUGCCAAGACUCAAUACUCAUUAUCUCAUGAUGCCAACUUAAAGGGAGUCCCUACUGGAUUCAAAUUCCCUAUUAGAGAUGUUAGAGCCUCUAUUGGUGCUGGAUACUUGUACGCAUUAGCAGCUGAGAUCCAAACCAUUCCGGGAUUACCUACUCACUGUGGAUUCAUGAACGUCGAGGUUAAUGAGGAUGGUGAGAUCGAUGGAUUGUUCUAAAAAAAAAAAGCACAUACCAUUAAUUUAAUCACGCACAACCAAAUCAUCUGGUUCAACACAUGAUGGUUAUGGUUACCGCAUGUGGUCAAGUACUUAGUAUAAUAUAUAUUAUACGAAGUACUAUAAUUUGACAACAAUGCAUUAUACACCACUAUAUACUUAUAUUAUUUUUUAUACAUUUACUUCUCCCACACCUCGUGUGGCUAAUAUUGUCUGCCAGUAUUACUUCUUUAGAUUACGGUUUAGAUUAUGUCUAAUAAAAGGGUUUCAACACGUUAAAU